CAGCCACCUCCAUGUACCAAUUGCCAGUUCAUGAAUACAGUCGCCUUCAACGCGCAGUGAUUGCCAUCAAUCUGCCGCAAACCCCUGCAAACCUACCGUUGUGUUCGUUGUGGCUGUCCAGCGCAAAUCCCAGCACGCUACCACAAACAGGCAUCCGCUGCUCUUGGACACAUUCAUAUUGACAAUCCCUCCACUCGCCCUCCGUGUUCUCCCGUUACUGUCCUUCAGCGCGACCCCACGGCUCUGAAUAUUAAUACACAGGGCGUCGCAGCUGAAUUUCGAGGUUUGCAUCCACCACAGUAAACCGAUUUAAUGGCCCCGCAGCCAUCCUCACACAUUUUCCAGAAGCUCAAGCUCGAUACCUCGGCGCCCCACAAACGGGUUGCAUCGACUUUUGACUCGAUCCCGCGACCUGACUCUGCGCAACAUGGCCAUGCGCAGUCGCAGGACGACGUUGACCAUGUCGAGGGGCACAAGAUUACCGAUGGUCCGUUCAAGACGCGCCAUCACAAUGCCUCUCACGGGCACAUCGGCGCCUACGAUGGCGGCGUAGGCGUCUCGCUGGGGCGCACCGUCAGCAAUGAGAAGACUAUGGAGGAGCUUUUCCGGCGGCGAAAGACGUCGAUCAGCUUCGACAACGAGGUUCAACUCGACACGGGCGACCGCGUUGGUCUCGAGGCCCCCGUACCAAAGCCAAUCACGCGUCACUCGCCGUCCUACACACCUGAAGAUGGCAGCUACUCUGAGGGUGAAUACCUCGAAAUGCCCUUCAACCAUCGCAGAGCCCUUUCGCGCCAGACCAGCAAUAGCCAAGGAAGGUACCCGCUCCUCCAGUCGACCGUAGACGAUAUGGCAAACGACCCGGAGUACAAUGAUCAGGUCGCAUCCCUUACGUCUGAAGCCACCGCCUCGCCCCUAGAAGAAGCGCGCACCCCGAUCGAGACACCAAACGAGUACAUGCUUUCGCCGCUGCCGGUCGCAGGUUCGCCGUUGGACUUUCCCCUCUUCUCGCCCUUGAACCGUGGACCGACCAGGAACAGGAGCUUUCGAACCGAGAUCAGCGAAGAUGGCAGUCUGAGGCGGGCCAGCCGGCGGUCGUCCAAUCGUUCUGGCCGCUCUUUGUCGUCCAUGUCACCCGCUGCUUCUUUUCUUGCGCGCUACAAGGCUUCAGAGGCACCGUUGAAAGAACCCCAGCCAGACGACGAGGGCCAGGGUCUCGGGUACGACAACGAGUAUGUCAUUGGCAAGCAAAUUGGCUAUGGUGGUUUCAGUGUUGUCAAGGAGGUGACGAGCAUGGAGAAUGGCAAGCCGGUGAUCGACGCGGUCAAGAUUGUACGCAAGCAGCAGAGCAACAGAUCUGAAUUUGAGAACGAGGCGCUCCAGAGCCAAUUCGACCACGAGGUAGAAAUGUGGCGCUUUCUGCGACAUCCGUACAUUCUGCCACUCAUCAAGGUCUACACCACCGAUUAUGCUACGUUCUGCAUCACAAAGUUGAACAAAGGCGGCACUUUGUUUGACUUGAUACGUGAUACACGGCGAAAGCACAAGGUCGGACUGUCAAAGCACCUGGUGAAGCGCUACGCAUACCAGUUGGCUUCAGCGAUGCGCUACCUGCACAACGAUGUGUACGUUGUCCACCGCGACAUCAAGCUCGAAAAUUGCCUCCUCGACAUGACUGUGCCCAAGGCCGAGACCGAAGGAGGCGAUAUACUUUUGUGUGACUUCGGCAUGGCAGAUUUUAUCGUUCGGGACGACCGCGAAGGCCCGGACCCACAUUCCAUUGGAGAAAAUCAGAACAUUGGUCCUGCCGACACUAGUACGUCGGUCCAGGGCAGUCUGCAAUAUGCAGCACCCGAACUGUUCAGCGCUUCUGGUGCUGUUAUGUUCUCACCGGCGGCUGACAUUUGGGCUUUCGGCAUCGUACUCUAUGCGCUGCUCACUGCAACCUUACCCUUCAAUGAAGGCCUCGAUGCGAAGACGACCGCAAAGAUUUUAAAGGGCGAAUGGAACCAGGAGAUUGUGCGCACUGCAGAGGCGUUGCAGGACGGAGGCGCAGAGGACGCGUUGACUCUGUUGAAGGGCUGUCUCGAAAUGGAUGUCGAGCAACGCUGGACCGUCUCCGACAUUCUCGAGAGCGCCUUUCUGCGCGACUGUGCCGAGCAGUACGAGGGAGUGUCGCGCUCUUGGGCGCCCAAAGAUUGAAAAGGGAGAGCCAUCCCACGAUACACGACGACCGGAUAGAUGACGUUUCUGGAUACGAUACCCCUCUCUCAUUUUUCAUCCUCAUUCGAUAUCGCUUUUUUCCAGUUGGCGAUUUUGUUUGCUUUUCUCAUGGAUACCCUGCUUCAGUCAUCCCAUUCAGUUGUUGGGCGUUACUCUAUUGUUGGCGUUUGAGAGUGACCUGGCUGGUUUUACGCGCUAGAAGUACGAGCGUUUGAUAGCGUUGUUUGUACUAGAACAUAGCGAACAGCAGCACUACUCUCUAUGUCCAAAAGCAGCUCCUAACA